AUAGAGUAAGUAAAAUAAUUUUACUUUCUCUAUGAUCACAACCAAUCACAACCUAUGUGAUGUGUGCAUGGGGCAAGGAACCUUGGCUAUGGUCUAUGCUCUAUGGCUUUAACCUAAUAACCAGUUUUGAUUAGAUAUUAUUUAAAUUCAGUCAUUAUCUAUGAUUUAAACAAUCAUACUAAGCAUGUCAAUAUGUGGGGUCCACUUGAUCUAGCUGACAGGAAACUUAGCGCUGAUGGAUAUAAAUUUAUUGGAGAAGAAAAGCUUCAUCAGUUUGGAAGCCUGAUAGAAGCUUACACGCAUCUUACCAGCAGAAGUAGCGGGACAUUUCCUAAAAGCCCAACGUCGUUGGAGCCGAUUGCCAUUGACGAUCAAGUUUCUGAAAGUGUUUCUAUUCUAUAUCUAGCUCAUUCUGAUAAUGGCACUUUAUCGAGAAUCGUGAGUACGUUAGGAGCGAUUUGCCAAGAGCUUCAAUUGUUAAAGCAAGAAGCUCAAGGUCUUUAUUCAUCAUUUUUAUUUUAUGCAGAAGAGAACGGGAAUGUUUAUAAUAUAUUCGAAUCCAUAUGCCAAUUAAUUGAUCCUUUACAAAGAACACACAGCUUAAUUAAAAGGGCAAGAUAUGUGAUAGGGUUAACAUUGAGGCAGCUCAGUUCCAUUUUGCUUAAGGGGUACUAUGUAUCAAAUAGCAUACCUAGCUUUUCUGAAAUCAUUUGUUGGAUUGGUGAUGUAUUGAUAAUUUUCAUUAAAUUUGAUAAUAUAUUUAGUGAACUAACACUGAAAAACCAUUGGUUAUCAUACAAAACUGCUGUACGAAAUAUUGUGCAUAAAAAUUCGUCGUCAGGCUUUGAUGGGUGUAAUUUACGGGUCUUUAGUAAUACAUUGACCGUACUAGAAAACUCAUUAUUUUCGGGAGCAAUUUUUACGGACUUUCUACAAGAAUGUCUGGAAAGCUCACUCAUAAUUGAAUUCAAGAAAAGUAGUUUAAACGAAGAGUUUUAUAACUUUUUAUGUUGCCGUAUAAGUGAGUUGGAAAAAGAUGAAGACAUUCUUUUAUAUUCAGAUGCAGGUUUACAAGUAAAUGUUCUCGUUGCGUUCUACUUUAAUGCCUUUGGAAUUACAGACAAAAAAUUUUUAAAAAGACUGUUGGAUCUGAAUAGAAAGGUGUCAGCUUAUAUGCUCAUGGGUAAUAUAAUGUGGUACCCAGAACUGUUUUUGUUAAGAUACGUACCGCCAAUAGUUAAAUUAAUUGACCAAAGAGUUGUCGAGAGUUGUAGACUGAGCUUAGUAACGUUGAGGGUGCAAAAUCUGACAAAGGAGACCAAUAAGCUGUGUUUUCAGGCUAAUCACUUUCUUAUAGAAUUAGAAUCGAAAAUAAAAUUAAAUGCCACAGCUUUGAAUACGCGGCAUUUGAAAGAAAUCAGUAGUUUACUGUUUAAUGGAUUAAAGUUAACACAAAAAAUGCAAUGGAUUAUUAAAUGGAUUAUGAAUAUUCAUCUCAACGAAAAUAUGCCUGUUACUAAAACAUUACUAAACUGCAUAUCUCGUCUAGUAGAGAUGUUAAAAUACAUUUACUCUUCCUUUAAGAGAAAUAUGCUUUCUAUUAACUAUUAUGUUCUGUUAAUAUCUCAACAUUUACAGCAUGUAGCGUUGGCUACUUUAAAUGUUGUAAAAAAAAAUCAAACUCAAUCCAAAUCAUACAAAGAUCAACAGUUAGACAUUCUUUCAUCCUUGAAAGUAUGCGAACAUGCUUUAAAAGGUCCAAAUACAAAGUGGCGUAUGGUAGUAGCAAGUUUGGCGCUUUCUGCGAGUGGUUUGGGUUCUGUGCAGGAGAUACGAUUUCUAAUAAAGCAAUUGGAGGCAGUUUCACAAUAUUCCUAUCUUCUGAAGAAGUACUGUGAUUGUUCAGUGCUGUUUUGGCAUUUCAACUAUGUUAUGCCGGUUUAUUUUAGCAAAUUGGUGGCUUCGAAAUCAAGUCUUUCAAAAUGUUAUCCUUUAUUGAGCGCAAUUGUGGACUUUGAAAUGUUUGGUAGUCGUGAUAAUUCAGGAGAGGCAUUUUAUAUAUUCCGAGAGAAGCUUUGUAGGCCCGUAAAUCAAAUAAUUGAGUCGAACUUGAGGCUCCAGACUCAUUUGCACUUAGAUUUACCACCCUCUGAACCUUUUCGCAAUUAUUUUUCUUUAAAUUUUAACAAACUAUUCCCGAUGCACCUAAAUGGUACUUAUAAGAGUAUAAAGCACGACACCGAACAUUAUUUGAGUACCAUUUUUUACAACCUCACUACUGUUGUGUUGCAUGAUUGGAGAACGUACGGGGACAUGAGAAGAUUGGCCGUUUUGCAAUAUGGUUUACAAACUGUGGACGAUGAUUUACCAAUGCAAACUUUGGAUCAGGGUUUAGAUGUUCUAGAAAUUAUGAGAAAUAUUAAUGUUUUUGUUCAAAAGUAUCUCUAUAAUUUGAAUACUCAAAUAUUCAUCGAAGAGUGUAGCAAUAAUAAAUAUCUCAACUCCAUCAAUAUUUCACACGUCGCCAAUUCUAUAAGGUCGCACGGCAUUGGCAUUAUGAAUACUACAGUCAACUACACGUACCAGUUCUUACAGGACAAAUUACGAAAAUGUUCUCAGUUUCUCUUCGAUGAACAAAUUAAAUCACGACUGAUUAAGGACCUGCGACAUUUUGCUGAUCACAAGAAGGAACUUCAGCAGAUGUACCCCUACGAAAGAGCCGAAAAAUUUAAUAAGGGAAUUCGCAAAUUGGGCUUACCCGACGGAGUACAAACUUAUUUGGAUUUAUUUAGAAAACUGAUCACACAUAUUGGGAAUGCAAUGGGUUAUGUUCGAUUAAUUAGGUCGGGGGGAAACCGGUGUUUGUCUCAAGGCACUUGUUUCAUUCCCGACCUAACCGAGGUGGAGUUACUUAAUGAUCUCACCGAAAAUAAAGUGUUUCCCAACGCCUCUUCUAGUUCAGUCCAAUUUGUUUUAAAGGACUUGAAUGGCUUUACAAAGCAUUUUGAAAAUACAACCGAAUACUUCAAGCUUUUAGUAUCAACUUUUUUGUCCCACUUUAGGAAUCCAAGUAAUAACCACUUAAAAACCUUUUAUAUAAUAGUACCUCCGCUGACAAUAAAUUUUGUGGAACACUCAUUGACCUGUAAAGAGAAACUGUUUAAGAAAGACAAAACCGAUAGUGCCUUUACAGAUGAUGGUUUUGCUCUUGGUUUAGCCUACAUAAUCGAGUUAUUAAAUCAAGAAAGUCAAUUCAACUCUUUGCAUUGGUUCGAGUCUGUUCAGCGUAAAUUUCACACCGAUAAGCAGAAGAUAAGAGAACAAACACGAUUCUCUAACUCCGAAGAUACAAAGUUUAAACAGACUUUAACAUUAACUGAAAAAAAAAUUGAGACCUUCUACAGGGAAUUCAAAUUGUUAGAGUUCAGUUACAGCAGUGCAAGAUUAUUUUUCCAGUCCUAAAGCUGAAUACAUUAGCGACCCAAGUAAUAGUUCUACUAAACCUACAUGAUGGAUAGUCAUGUAGACAGUUACUGUUAUCUUAUGUGAUACAUAUUAUAUGGAAAACCGAACUAAGUGCAAUAAGCCCGUUUGUACAAAACGUUUUCUUAUAUAUUUUAAAUAGUUCUCAAUAUCAUCAGAAUGUACUUCAUAGAACCAUUCUUUACGCUCAUACAAAAUGUGCGAUAGGGAGAUAUUACAUUUUUGUGCAUCAGUAUAACAUGUUUAAUAAAAUUAAGUUAAUUUUGUUUGGUCAACCUAG